AUAGUUACUCAGAGUCCAAGAUCUGAUUUGUCUACGGAAUGACGUUUCUGGUGAAACAUGCGGGAAGUGCUUUUAUGUAGUAAGUGAGAUGUGUUGUUAAAUUCCGAGUGGGCAGCAGAUUUGAGUUUGAGAAACAUUGAACGUGCCACCGUUGUUGCGACAGUCUGCGUAUUAAUUGAAAAAGAAAAUUACAUUUUACUCAAACGCUGCUGUGGGACUCAUUGGCAAACAUGUGCGAUGUGUGGCCAAACACGAAAGGGAGGCCAGCUGUUCGUACUGUAGGAGUGCCACCUCCGUCAGCACGCGUUGAGAACACUGAAACCUGGCAGCGCAGCAAGAAAUUUACUGUUUACAAAGUGGUUGUCGGAUGUGAUGGGCGUAGCUGGUUUGUGUUUCGCCGCUACAAUGAAUUUUACAAAUUGUCUGAAACCUUAAAGAAGCAGGUUCCAGCACCACAGCUAAAACUUCCAGGCAAGAAACUGUUUGGAAAUAAUUUGGAUCCAACGUUUGUGCAGGAGCGACGUGAAGGUUUGGAUGCAUUUGUCCAGUCCCUGAUGCAGGAAGGUGGUGGCAGACUUUUGCGUUUGCCUGAGGUACGGGAAUUCUUCCAGCUUGAUCGUAAUCUGGGUAGCCUAUCUGAAGAUGGGGAAGGUGAUGGAGAUGGAGACAGCAUAGAAGGUACUGAUUCUACAUCAGAACCAGCACCACAAGUUAAUUUAGGACCAUCAGAACGCACUUCUGCUCGUCCAGCAGAUUUUGAAUUCCUACAUGUCAUUGGGAAAGGAAGUUUUGGGCGAGUUUUGCUGGCCCGACAUCGUACAGAGCAACGCUUCUAUGCCGUGAAAGUUCUCAGUAAGCGACUUGUGGUGAAGAGGAAUGAGGUCCGCCAUAUAAUGUCGGAGCGAAGUGUGUUGCUGAAGACAUUAAAUCACCCAUUCCUAGUUGGCCUUCAUUACUGUUUUCAGACACCAGACAAGCUCUUUUUUGUGCUUGAUUAUGUUAAUGGAGGAGAGCUAUUUUUCCACCUACAGCGUGAACGUGUGUUCACCGAACCAAGAGCGCGCUUUUAUUCAGCUGAGAUAGCAGCUGCUCUUGGCUACCUCCACUCACGUGGGAUUGUGUAUCGUGACCUUAAGCCAGAGAACUUGUUACUGGAUGCUGAGGGCCAUGUUGUACUUACAGAUUUUGGGCUGUCUAAAGAAGGGUUACUGCCUACUGAAACUACCAACACUUUUUGUGGAACACCAGAAUAUCUUGCACCAGAAGUUCUACGGAAAGAGGGCUAUGAUCGCAGUGUGGACUGGUGGUGUCUCGGGGCUGUAUUGUAUGAAAUGUUGCAUGGGUUACCCCCUUUCUACUCACGCAAUACUCAUGACAUGUAUGACCGCAUUCUGAACAAACCACUGAAGUUAAGGACUGGGAUUUCGGAAAGUGCAAAAGACAUUCUUGCCAAGUUAUUACAUAAAGACAACCAGCAGCGCCUGGGAUCUGGUUAUCGUGGAUUCGAUGAAGUAAAACUACAUUCUUUCUUUGACUCUGUUGAUUGGGAGUUGCUGCUUGCAAAGAAAAUUCAGCCACCUUUCAACCCUAAUGUGAGCGAUGUUUUAGACCUGCACAACAUUGAUCCAGAGUUCACAUGUGAGGCCGUACCAGCAUCAGUAGCAACAUCGGCUUCUCAUAGGAAGGGAUCUGCUCUUUCAGCCAGUGUGCGGAUACCAGAUGACAUUUUUGCAGGGUUCUCUUAUGCGCCACCUACAGAUGAGAUGCUCUGACGAUUGAAUUUGUUGUUAGUAGGUCAAAUGGUUUUUCUCCCUUUACUUUUGUUCAGUGAAAGUGAGCAACCAACCAGUCUGUGCUGGGAAUAGGACAACAGACACACAUUUCUGUGGAUUAGAGAAAUGUAAAUUCAGAGAAUAUAGGGACAGAGUAAACGUGUGAGUGGCAGUCAUUUUGUGUGUGUGCACGCAUGUGUGCUAGAUCUGAUAUUUCCUAGAAGUCUGCUGUUCUGCAGUUAAUGCAUUUAUACUGCAGUUUUGUGUGAAUUUUGAUAGCAGACAGUAUAGUUUUAAAUAUAUUUGAUAGUGCGCUCUGUAUAUUAUCAUCAGACUGGAAACUUUGAGUCACUGUCAGUGCACAUACAUAUCCUUCUUGCCAAAAAGGAACUGGAAGAAAGUUCAGUACAUUCCAUGCUGUCAGUGAUCUAGUUUUGUAACAUAGAAUGUCUGUGAUUUAUAUUUUCCUGAUAUUUCCCAGAAGGAAUGACUGCAAAAAAUUACCCAGUUUUUGUAAAUGGAAAAUCAUUAGCAUGACAUUUAGUCCAAUACAUAAACUUCGAAAUGGUUCCCCAUGUUUCCAACCAUCAAUUAUUUUCGCAUACUUAUCACAUUAAGUGAUAGUGAGACUGUGAUAGUAAACUAUAACAAUAUUUUGUUUAUACUGUAGUUACAUUAGAAUAAACCUGUGGUUACUUCACCCUGCCAUUCCAAAUGCAGGUAUUAACUGCAGUCACAUAUUCAGCAGUAGUAACACUUUUUGUACUGUAUUAAAGAACUGUGAUGCUUUCAUAAUCUACUCAUAAUGUCUUCCUGGAUCCUUAAGCAUCUGGGUGGACUUCAUAUAAAGACAAUAAUUCGUCUUUCAUGUUUAAUGCCAUAUUAUUUAUUAUUAUUUAUGCAUAAACUAGUACUUAUAAAUGAUCUACAAAUGCCAGAACAAUAGCAAUUCUCGCAUAAACUGAUCAUAUAGUCAAUUUGUUCCAAAUUGAAAGUAUUAAUUUAUACGAUACAGUAAUGCAAAUACGCAAAUGCCCUUUUCCCAUGUUUAUGCACAUGGGUGCUUGCCAAAUAAAGUAUGUAGUGGUGCUGUUUUACAAAAUAAAUUAGAUAGGAAGAUUUAAAUGAGAGAAGUAAUUUCUAUAUUUAAAAGUGGAUACUUUAAAAUUGUGUGAAGAAAUAAAGGUGUAUUAAUGUAGUGUCAAACUCUGAUAGCUUUCUCAUAGUGCCUUUGAUGAAACACAUUAAUAAUUUAUAAAGUAUUUUUUGUGAAAUGUCUGGGUAGAAAUGUAUUUCUGAGUCAGAGUAUCAAUUUCUAUAAAUUGUGGUAGUUCGCAACAUGUACAUUAUUUAAUACAUUACUCCACUCCCAUUAAGUGGACUUUUAACUUAGUUGUUUCUGCUGCAGAUACUGUGCAUUCAAAUUUAAGCAUCUUGAUUACUGUAACCUUCAUUCUUAUAGUUAUUAUUUGAUGGCACAUUUAUGUUUAAAGGUAUUUAACAGCUCUUGUGGUUGUUGUUGCAGAUCUGUUAUAUUAGUGUUCACUUUAGUUCCUCUCUGUAGUUCCAGCAAUAUUCAUGCUGUGUAAACUACAAACUGCUGUUAUGUAUAUAUAAUUUUCUAUUUUUAAUAGAUACUAAAAAUAAAAUAUUUUUACUUCUAUUUAUAUAAAAUUUUAUGAAGUUAUUGCAUUUUAAAGAUACAAAUGCUAUCUGAUCUUUUUUAACGUGGCAGAUCUUGUACCACUGAAGUUUUUGCUUACUGUUUGCACUUCAUUUUUUACCUCUUUGCACAACUGAUGUGUGUUAUCAUUUCAGACAAUAUUCUUUUACUAUUUCACACUGUAACAUGAAAUGUGGUUUAUACAGUUUUCGAUUUAUCAUUGUGCUCGCUGUGCACAGGUGGGCAAAAUGUUGGCAUAUUUACCAGAAGAUAUUUGCCACCUUUUUGUCCUCUAAAUGAAAACAGAACAUACCUGACAUUAAUAUUUUACUAGUUUUUAAAGUUAAGGAGGAGAAAUGUUUGUAAAUCUAAUGUAAGUACUGGUAAUACAUUUCAUCAGUGAUGUGCAUAAUCAUUGCAUUUAAUAUUUUUGUACUAUGUCACUUUAUGCAGUAUUGUUUUCUUAAAUAAAAAUAAAUUGUUUCACAGAA